UGUAGUCCCCAGAAAAUUCCACCGCAUAUUCGAGAGAGAAUGAUAGUGAAAAUAGUUUUGACUUUGUGAACUCCCUUAGGGUCUCCUGAACCGUGGAAAGCCUAGUUUGAGAAUCUCUGGCCUGGUGUUUAAGGUCACAGCUCAGGAAUACAGUUCUGCAUACUAGCUGGGGCAAAGUGAGUGAAUAUUUCUGGCCCUCAGCUUGCCCCGCCAGGUGAUGUUAUCUGCUGCCUAAAUACCUGCAAUAAAACAAGACUAUUUCUAGUUAUUGCUGUAACUACCUACAGAUAUACAGGGCCUGGGGCUGACUUGUCUUCAACAUAUUUGUCUAGAUUAGAAUCUAGUUCAGGCAGGGAAGUGGCCCGCAGGCCUAGGUGGCGCCCUGGAGGUGGUGACCUGUUUUGUAUUGGGUUUUGAGGGACGAGAAGAGUAGUGCAUUGAAGGAAGGGCAUUUUGGUCAUGUUAAGAAAAACGUCGCUCCCAAGGUAAGGGACCCGGGGUUCCUAGCAGACCACGGACCAGAGAAGACCGGGAACCUUUGUGUGCCUUUGGGCACUCCGCAGUAUAUCCUCGUUCACCCAGGAGAACUCUGCCUCCACAUUCCAAACAACCGCUUGCCUGGACUCAACAUGGCGUUAGAAUCCCACAAAACACCUUUGUCUUUAAAACAGCUCCCUGCCUAUUCACUGAUCGCAGAGACCCCGCCCUCGGUCCAAGGCAGUCUAACCCUUGGACGCGCCUCACCGCGGGUGUCCGUUUCCAAUAACGUAAUAGACCCUCCGCGGAGUAGGGGGCUCCCUUUCCGUUUCCGGGCCCAGAAUCCGGAAGUGGCGGUUGAGGGGCCACUUCCUAUCUCCCACUGAGGGGGCUGAGGAGAGGGCGAGCGGCGAUGGCGGCGGUCGGAGGGAGCUCGCCUCCUGAGGCUAAAGAUAGAGAGCCCCAGCGCGAAGCCAUGCCAGACCCGGACAGCCAGUGGGGCUACAUCGAGAAUAGCGACACUGGGCGGGCGCGUCGAAUGCGGGGCGGCGAAAGCUGGUUCCUUGUGGAUCAGGACUGGUACAAACAGUGGGAAGUGUACGUGCGGGAAGGAGACGAAGACCCCAGCACCAUCCCUGGCUGUAUCAAUAAUGCUAAACUCUUUCAAGACAACAUAAACUGGCAACUCAAGAAGGGACUGGUGGAAGGUGAGGACUAUGUGCUGCUCUCUACCACUGCUUGGCAGCUCCUGGUCAGCUGGUAUGGCCUAGAGCAUGGCCAACCGCCCAUUGAACGCAAGGUUGUAGAUUGGCGUGGCAACUGUGAGGUCGAAGUGUACCCAGUAGAACUGCUGCUUGCCCAGCACAGUGAUAUGGACAAAACUCACACCGCUGAAUUCAGCCAAACAGAUUCCAUUGACCUAGUUUUGCGUACUGCUCAAGAACAGUUCGUGGUGAGCCCCCAGGAAGAGACACGGCUUUGGGUCAAGAACGCAGAGGGCUCCUUUGAGAGAUUGUGCAACACACGUGUGUCACUGCGCGCCGCUUCUCUCAAGUCCGGGCAGUUGGUCGUCAUGGAGACCCGAAGCAAGGAUGGCACCUGGCCCAGCCAACAGACACGCGCUGCGAGCAGCGCGACAAAGGAGGAGGAGGAAUUCCACGGCCAGCCAGGCAUCUGUGGUCUCACCAACCUGGGCAACACGUGCUUCAUGAACUCGGCCCUGCAGUGCCUCAGCAAUGUGCCCCAGCUCACCGAGUACUUCCUCAAAAACCGCUACCUGGAUGAGCUCAACUUCUGCAACCCGCUGGGCAUGAAGGGUGAGAUUGCAGAGGCCUAUGCGGAUCUGGUGAAGCAGGCCUGGUCCGGCCGCCACCGCUCCAUUGUGCCCAAUGUGUUCAAGACCAAGGUCGGCCACUUUGCAUCCCAGUUUCUGGGCUACCAGCAGCAUGACUCGCAGGAGCUGCUAUCAUUCCUUCUGGAUGGGCUACAUGAGGACCUCAAUCGUGUCAAGAAGAAGGAGUACGUGGAGCAGUGUGAUGCCGCUGGGCGGCCUGAUCAAGAGGUCGCUGUGGAGGCCUGGCAGAACCACAAACGGCGGAACGAUUCUGUGAUUGUGGACACUUUCCACGGGCUCUUCAAGUCCACGCUGGUGUGCCCUGAUUGUGGCAACGUAUCUGUGACCUUUGACCCCUUCUGCUACCUCAGUGUCCCACUGCCUGUCAGCCACAAGAGGGUCAUGGAGGUCUUCUUUGUCUCUAUGGACCCCCGCCGCAAGCCAGAACAGCACCGGCUCGUGGUCCCCAAGAAAGGCAAAAUCUCGGACUUGUGCAUGGCCCUGGCCAAGCACACUGGUGUCUCACCGGAAAGAAUGAUGGUAGCCGAUGUGUUCAGUCACCGCUUUUAUAAGAUCUUCCAGCUGGAUGAGUCUCUGAGUACCAUCUUGGAUCGAGACGAUAUAUUCAUAUACGAGGUGUCAGGCAGGUCUUCUAUCACGGACAACACCAGGGAAGACGUCGUGAUCCCCAUCUACCUGCGAGAACGUACCCCAGCCCGUGACUACAACUCCUCCUACUAUGGCCUCAUGCUCUUCGGACACCCGCUUCUGGUGUCUGUGCCCCGGGACCGCCUCUCCUGGGAUGCCCUGUACCACAUCCUGCUAUACCGCCUCUCACGCUAUGUGACCAAACCCAGCUCGGAUGAUGAGGAUGAUGGUGAUGAGAAAGCAGACGUGGAGGGUGGUAAGAACAUCCCCAAGCUUGGAAACGUGGCUGGGGGCAGUUCCCAAGACCCUGGGCCGGAGCAGGCUGGGCCCAGUUCUGGAGUCGCUAGUGGGAGCCGGGCCCCCACGGACAGCUCUCCUGGACCAUCACACUGGCCCCAGAGAACUCGGCGCAAGCACCUGUUCACCCUGCAAACGGUGAAUUCCAACGGGACCAGCGACCGUUCCAACUUUAACGAGGAUACUCAAGCCCAGCCCUAUAUCGCCAUCGACUGGGACCCAGAGAUGAAGAAGCGUUACUAUGACGAGGCGGAAGCUGAGGGCUACGUCAAGCAUGACUGCGUGGGGUAUGUGCUGAAGAAGGCUCCUGUGCGACUGCAGGAAUGCAUUGAGCUCUUCACCACCAUGGAGACCCUGGAGAAGGAGAACCCCUGGUACUGCCCCAACUGCAAGCAGCACCAGCUGGCCACCAAGAAGCUGGACCUGUGGACACUGCCUGAGACACUCAUUAUACACCUGAAGCGCUUCUCCUACACCAAGUUCUCCCGAGAGAAGCUGGACACCCUUGUGGAGUUUCCUAUUCGGGACUUGGACUUCUCUGAGUUUGUCAUCAAGCCACAGGACGAGUCAGCCCCAGAGCUGUACAAAUACGAUCUCAUUGCCGUGUCCAACCAUUAUGGCGGCCUGCGUGAUGGACACUACACGACAUUCGCCUGCAACAAGGACAGUGGACAGUGGCACUACUUUGAUGACAACAGCGUCUCACCUGUGACCGAGAAUCAGAUUGAGUCCAAGGCCGCCUAUGUCCUCUUCUAUCAACGCCAGGACGUGGCAAGUCGUCUGAAAACCAAGACCCAGCCUAGCCAAUCUAACCCCCCAGAACCUCCUGCCUAUGACCCCGUAUCUGAGUCCAUGGAUGUAAACUGAACAACCUCGGGCCUGCAGCAGGAAAGGAAGCUCUCUCUGCUCUCUUCCUUCUCCCCUCCACCCCUGCCCUCUUAACCAUGUAGGUGCCCCGUGCCAGGCAUCACAGGCUUAGUUGUGGCUACUGUUUUCUUGUGCGCCAUAUUGCUCUUUCCCGGGAAGAAGAGGUUGUGUGUCCUCCCGGCAGUGUGUUUCUGCCUGUGUUGCCCCCUUAGAGCAUUAACCUUCCCUUCUCUCCUCUCCUGUAUUUAUGGUUCUCCUUCCUGUGUUGUUAAUCUGGGGUGUACUGAAGGGUGGUGGUGGUACACCUCAGCACAGAGUGUAUUUUCUUAUUGAGACCCUGUACUUUGCGCUGUGUAUAUAUAAAGUGCCAGUGUGUCCCUCGGCA